GUAGUUUGUGUAAUAGAAAAUGCAAUUGAAAUGGUUUACUGUUUAUGUAACCACGUCACACUGCCUCGCAAAUGCUGCUGCUAUUUCCACUGCCACUGGCAUUAGCAUAACAUAGUUAUUGAACAUUCAGUGAUAUUGCUGCUGGCUGCCCUGGCAUUGUAGUUUGGCAUUGGCGGAGUGAAAGUCACGAAAAACAAACAAUCGGCGCUGAGACAACGUGCACCGUUCUCUAUAGCGACUCUUCGCGUUCCUCUAGAGCGCCGCGCGGUGUGUCUCAAUUUUUAUUUUCCUUCUUGCUGCUAUGCGCGAUCAGCUGUUUGGCACGGCGCCUAAUACAUAUUAAUUGAAAUUCAUAUACGCGUGUAACGCAUAUCUGCGAUUGUGUGAAUGGCGAUUUUUAUGUUUCUCCAAUUCUCCGUUUUUACUGUGCAGUUUCUUAUCAGACUUCGCUGAUAACACAUAGAAAAUGCCCAAAGUAAUAAUUAUGAUUGAUUAAAUGGACAUUAAAUCAUAAGAUUUUCAUAUUUGCGCAUUUCGUUUGAAAAAAAAAGUUUAUUAAUAAAUAAAGUGAUCCUCAAUAUUUAACUUCCCUUAAAACACUGCACAACUGUUGCGCUGUCAAAUCCGAGUAAACAACAGCAAGUGACGAGCGUGCCAUAAAUGUUCCGACGUGUCCUUUCGUACAGCAUCAUUGGCGCCGGCGUCGUCAGCACCGGUCUCAGCCUACACACCAACGACUACGAUGUCAAUUCACUGGGUAUUGUGCGUCUCGGCCGUUCGGCAAUCACCGUUUUCGAUGUGGCGCUCACAUACAAACGUGAACUCUACUAUCGUGAGUGGGACAAGAGUUCGCCCGAAUACAAAGCGGAAAAGAGUCGUGUACAUAAAAUAGCCGCAGAAAAGCUGCUCGAACUCAUUUGCGUCAAUAAGGGUGUCUACAUAAAGACCGGCCAACAUAUUGGCGCACUGGAGUACUUGUUACCCAAAGAAUUCGUGCAAACUAUGAAAGUGCUACACUCGAAUGCGCCACAAAAUCCCGUCGAAGAUCUCUAUAAGGUCAUACGUCAGGAUUUGAAACGUAACCCUGAAGACAUUUUUGCGACAUUCGAGUCCACCCCGCUUGGUACCGCCUCGUUGGCGCAGGUUCACAAAGCUACAUUAAAAACGGGCGAAGUGGUAGCGGUCAAAGUACAGCAUCCUUAUGUAAAGGGUAACUCUCGGGUCGACAUGAAAACAAUGGAGGUUUUAGUAAAAAUUAUGGCGCUCGUUUUUCCCGACUUCAAAAUUCAGUGGUUGAUUGAUGAGUCAAAAAAGAAUCUUCCUAUCGAACUGGAUUUUCUAAAUGAGGGUAAAAAUGCUGAAAAAGUUGCCAAACAAUUCCAAAAAUACUCUUGGCUACGCGUACCGCAAAUAUAUUGGGAACUUAGCUCACCGCGUAUAUUAGUCAUGGAGUAUCUGGAAGGCGGACAAGUCAACGAUCUCGAUUAUAUUAAAAAGCACAAAAUAGAUCCAUUCACUGUGUCCAAUAAAAUCGGUCAACUUUAUUCGGAAAUGAUUUUCACAACGGGUUUCGUGCACAGUGAUCCACAUCCAGGCAAUAUACUGGUGCAUAAGAGUCCGAAGGGACAAGUAGAAAUCGUAUUGUUAGAUCAUGGGCUCUAUGCCAACCUAACGGAUAAAUUUCGUUAUGAAUACUCCAAAUUAUGGCUCAGCAUACUGAAUGUGGAUCGUAAGGCCAUGCGUGAGCAUAGUCAGAACUUGGGCAUCAAAGGUGAUUUGUAUGGACUGUUCGCGUGUAUGGUAACGGGGCGUCCUUGGGAAACACUUGUCCAGGGCAUCAACAAAGUCAAAUACUCCAAAGAAGAGAAAGCCACCCUACAAAACAAUACCUCACUUGUAUUACCGCACAUCUCCGAUGUGCUGGAGCAGGUCGAUCGUCAGAUGCUGCUCAUACUGAAGACCAACGAUCUGAUACGCGGCAUUGAGGCUACGCUGCGCACACAAAAUCGCAUGACCGCCUUCUGGGUAAUGUCCAAAUGUUGUGUGCAUUCGACUUUCAACGAGCAAAAGUCCCUGAACACAGCGCGCUGGACCGCACUCCGGUUGGCGGUGCGUGAGAAAUGGGAGAUACUCAAAUUAAACAUUUACUAUGUGUAUUUGGGGUUCGUCAAUUUCGGUUUCUUGGCGGCGUUGAAACAAAUUUUAUAGAGUUACGAGUAAUUGUGGCAUAGAAAAUGUGAAAAUAAGCUUUUUUCAAGCUUUGAAGUAAUUACUUUUAAAGUUUAUAUAUCAGUUAGUUGUGGUCGUAUGCGUGUACAAAUGUAUGUAUGGUGUUAAUUUAUUUUUUUAACUUAAAAAUAGCCAUUUUUCAAUGUGAAACUUUUUUUGCAACUAGAUAACAGGUUAACUGCAGCGUACAAAACAAUUUAAGUUAAUACAUAAGCGAACAUCCAGUGAGUAAUCGAUUAAAUUAUAACAACAAUAAAAUAUAUGGAUUUCUAUAUUGCUAUAUAAGUGAGUAAAGUAUUUGUUGUGGAAUUAAUUUAACCGUA